CUAUUCUCUUCUUCUGAAAAAAAGUGUAUAUGAGAGAAUCUCAGAAACUCCCGUCAUUUUAACAACCUCCUCAAGCCAACUCAGCGUAACGUGCGCCGUUCUGCUAUCGUGCGCCUUCCUGCUAGCGUGCGCAUUCCCCGCCGCCGCCGACGACGACGACGACCACCACCACAAACCCAUUAGAAAACUCCUCCGAAAAAAAAAGGAGCUCUGUGUCACUGUUUGUGUGUGUGUGAAAAUGGGAGUGGAUUACUACAACAUACUGAAGCUCUCGAGAAACGCAACCGAGGAAGAUGUGAAGAAAUCGUACAAGAGGCUCGCGAUGAAGUGGCACCCCGACAAGAACGCGGUCAACACCAAAGAAGCAGAGGCCAAAUUCAAACAGAUUAGCGAAUCGUACGAUGUACUGAGCGAUCCCGACAAGAGGCAGAUCUACGAUUUGUACGGCGAGGAAGGCCUCAAAUCCGGCCUCUACCCACCGCCGAGUCCCAAAGACAAAGAUUCCACCUACGGCGGAGCUUUCAAGUUCAGCCCCAGAGACGCCGAGGACAUUUUCGAGGAAUUUUUCGGCGUCUUAGACGGCGGCAGAGUUAGAAACUCCGCCGCCGCCGCCGCCGGAAGGAAGGCGGCGGUUGUGGAGACUAAGUUGCCGUGCACUUUGGAGGAGCUGUAUAAGGGGUCGAAGAGGAAGAUGCAGAUAUCAAGAAUCGAUCUUGAUGUUUCAGGAAAGCCUAUUACAGUUGAAGAGGUAUUAUCCAUACACAUUAAACCCGGUUGGAAAAAAGGGACAAGAAUUACAUUUCCAGAGAAAGGGAACCACGAACCGGGUUCAGCAGCAGGGGACCUGAUUUUUAUUGUGGAUGAAAAACCACAUCCUACAUUUAAAAGGAAUUGUAAUGAUUUAAUAAUGAAUCAAAGAAUAUCCCUUUUAGAUGCUCUCACUGGCAAGAAUCUCAGCGUGACGACGUUGGAUGGGAGAGAUAUAGCUGUUUCGGUUUCGGAGAUUGUGAAACCUGGACAGGAGAUUGUAGUGGAAAACGAAGGUAUGCCGAUCUCGAAAGAGCCUGGGAAAAACGGGGAUUUGAGGAUUAAGUUUGACGUGAAGUUUCCGUCGAGGCUUAGUGCGGAGCAGAAGUCGGAUUUGAGGAGGGUGCUGGGCAAGUCAAUGUGAGUUUUGUUGUAUGUAAUGUACUAAUGUUGUAGUGUAGAUAAUCUUUAUUUUUCAGAUUAGAAUGUGCAUUGUAGGAGAAAAUAUAUUGUUGAUUUUUUUUUUUUUUUUGGGAUAUUGGGAAAUAUUUUUCAGCUGCUAUAAACUAAGCUUUGUGUGUGUGUGAUGUGAAAUGUGUAAAAUGUUAUGGUUCAUGGGGAUCAUAUGUAUUCUUGUAGUUGAAGAUAUGGAGUUGGCUUUUUUUUUUUUUUUUAGUGAAUGUUUUUGAAGUAGUGGCUUUCCUAUCUGUUAAUUUGUUGUUAAUUACUAUAGGUUAAGUAGAUGUGUAACACUAAAAUUCUGAUACAUUGAGGUGUCAAAUUUAGUGAAAUUUUCUAGUG